GCUCUGUUCUGAAUAAAGCUUGGCUGUUUCUGCCCACGCUGUCUCCCUGAGCAUUUUCUGGUCUCACAACAAUCGUUUCAUUCAUUGAUAGUUAAAAGUGUUUCACUAAAAUAAUUGUACCCCUCCUCCCCCCGGUGGCAGCUGUCAAAAUAAAAUCUUUUUGAUUUAAACCCCACCACUACUUACCAGCAGAAUCAUGUCAUCUAAAGGUUAUUAAAAAUGUCAAAGGUUUCCAGUGCGUCAUUCUACAGAGAUUGAGUUUCUUAUACAAGGUGUAGCAUCUAUGUGCUUGGUCUCUUGUGAAAGGAGUUUGCUGGUUGAGUCUGUAACUGAAAACUACAUUAAUAAUGACUAAAGAGGUUCAUUUCAAGAAAAUGCCCAACAAUUCGGGAUUCAUUAUCCAAGUUAUUCUGCUUAGUUAACACAUAGGACAUCUAGAUAAUGUAAUUUAUCCAAACCUAAACAUUAAAGCAGUAAUUACUAAGCCACUCCCAAUAAGUAUUGGCAGUGCAACAUUAGGACUAAUUAUACUCACCAUUCUAGCAGUAAUUUAACACCGCAUGCAUGAAUAUUUCCCCUUAAAUUAACAUAUAACAUUAGUAAACUGGAGUAAAUGUUGGGGCCAUCUAAUAUUAUUAUGAACUACAUGAUGGCUACUAUAGAUGUGACUUUUAUGACAGAAUUUGGCAACUCUGUUCAUUCUUCAUAAGCUUCCAGUUCACUUAUCUCCCCCCUCAUUUUCUUCUGUUUCAUUCACUGUUUUUGCUGUGUAAUUCCUUGCUUCACCUUUAAGAACUUCACAUAGAAGUUACAUAUCCCAUUCCCCUUCUGCAGCCUUUGCGUUUCUGUGAAUGUCGCUGCCACUCUCCAGUUGCUGCCUGGUGCUAAGUUUAGCCAGCCUAUGAGGAGUCACAAUAUGCUGAUAUGUAGAAGACGUGUAUGACAAGGAGGGUGCCACAGAGACACGCAGACCCCCUUCUCCCCUUCACUGCAAGGACCAGAAUGCCUCACGCUUAUCCUUUCCUCACCCCUGAGCAGAAGAAGGAGCUCAGCGACAUUGCUCAAAGUAUUGUUGCUCCAGGCAAAGGCAUUCUUGCAGCUGAUGAAUCUACAGGCAGUGUUGCCAAGCGCUUUCAGAGCAUUAAUGUCGAGAACACUGAGGAGAACAGGAGGCAGUACAGGCAACUGCUUUUCACUGCAGAUGACCACGUGAAGCCCUGCAUUGGUGGUGUUAUCUUCUUCCACGAGACCGUCUACCAGAAGGAUGACAGUGGGAAGCCCUUUCCCCAGCUCAUCAAGGAGAAGGGCAUAGUGGUUGGCAUAAAGGUUGACAAGGGUGUGGUUCCCCUGGCAGGAACUAAUGGAGAGACCACCACCCAGGGAUUGGACGGGUUGUAUGAACGUUGUGCUCAGUAUAAGAAAGAUGGUGCUGAUUUUGCCAAGUGGCGCUGUGUACUGAAGAUCUCUCCCACCACUCCUUCUCACUUGGCCAUCAUGGAGAAUGCCAAUGUCCUGGCGCGAUAUGCCAGCAUCUGCCAAAUGCAUGGCAUCGUACCUAUUGUGGAGCCUGAAAUUCUCCCUGAUGGAAACCAUGACCUGUAGCGCUGUCAGUACAUCACUGAGAAAGUCCUGGCUGCUGUCUAUAAGGCUCUGUCUGACCAUCACGUCUACCUAGAGGGGACCUUGCUGAAACCCAACAUGGUGACAUCUGGCCACUCUUACUCACGCAAAUAUUCACCCCAGGAGAUCGCCAUGGCUACUGUCACUGCCUUGCGUCGCACCGUACCGCCUGCAGUUCCUGGUAUCACAUUCCUGUCUGGAGGCCAAAGUGAAGAGGAAGCCACCAUCAACCUGAAUGCCAUAAACCAGUGUCCCCUGCACAAGCCCUGGGCGCUGACCUUCUCCUUUGGCCGGGCCCUGCAAGCCUCAGCACUCAAGGCAUGGGCUGGCAAGAAGGAGAAUGGCAAGGCCUGCCAAGAAGUGUACAUCAAGAGAGCCCUGAGCAAUAACCAGGCCGCUUUGGGGAAAUAUGUUUCUUCUGGAGACAAGGGAGCUGCCGCCGGAGAAUCCUUGUUUGUGGCCAACCAUGCGUAUUAAAUACCAUCUCACUCAUGUCCACACUGUGCUACUUGCAUCUUCACAAAAACGGUCAGCUAUAGCCUCAUGUUUUCACUUACUGGUGUUUUUUUUAAUAUUCCUCUUAUUUUUCUACACUUGGUGCUAAUGUCUCUGUGCCUCAGGGGUGUUGUAACACCUACUCCCUGUUCUGGAUUUGCCAACUUCAGUUUCCUCCUUUACUCUUUCAGUUCAAGAAAUGUUUACUAAAUGGAUAUAAGUCUAGUGGUGUGGUAAAUAUAGCAGAAAAAAUCUGCCUGUAACCCUUUCUUAUAAUCGAGAAAAAAUGGAGUCACAUUCAUUAAGUACAGUCAACUAGACUUUAUUGUCAUACUAUCCCGAUACAAGUAAUCAGUGGUAUGAGAUAACAUUCCUUCAGGAGCACAGUGAUACAUAAAGACAGCAAGUGACAAAAGGAGAGAUUCACGGUCAUGUGAAUAUGUAAUCAAUGGAAACAAUGUAGCAGGAUAAGACUGACAAUGAAUAGUAAAAUGUCCAGUUGCA